AAUCCUGUCACUGCUGCGCGCAUGUUCGAUCACCGAGUCAAGCAGUUUUUCAAACACGUCAUUAAGUCUCCAUCGCAACCGAUUGGAGAGGUAGUGGAUACAUUCACCAGGACAGAGUUUCAGCAGCGCGGAAGUCCGCACAUACAUUGUUUGUUCUGGGUAAAAGAUGCGCCAAAAUUGAAUGUAAAUUCUGAAGAAGAAAUCUGCGCUUUUGUAGACAAGUAUGUUUCUAGUCAGCUACCCAACCCAAAGACGGAUAAAGAGUUGUUUGACAUAGUUAGUCAGGUUCAAAUGCACCGAAAAGGUCAUACGACGUCGUGCAAGAAAGGUGGCAAGGUCUGUAGGUUUGGAUUCCCUAAACCUCCAGUAAAGCAGACGUUUCUGUGCAGCCCGGUAGCCCUGCAGGACCUGACCGAUGAAGAAUUGGCAUCCAUUUCAGAAAAAAGAAGCAAGCCGAAGCAGUCCUGAAACAUUUCUGGGAUGUGUUGGACAAGAAGAAUGAGCCAGAAAACUGCUCUACAGAAGAUCUUCUAAAGGAGGCAAAGAUCACCACAGCACAGUUAUGUGAGGCCUUGAAUUUGAUGGCAACCAGGAAGCAAGUAAUGCUCAGGCGUGAGCCAAAGGACAUGUGGGUGAACAAUUACAAUCCACAUCUACUGCGGGCUUGGAAUGCAAACAUCAACAUCCAGUAUGUUUUGGAUGCAUAUAGCUGUGUCAGGUACAUUGUGUCGUACAUCAGCAAAGCAGAAAGAGAAAUGGGAAAGCUACUCAAACAGGCCCAGAAAGAGGCAAGAGAAGGCAACGAGGAUGUAGUGACUGAAAUGAAAAAAAGUUGGCACCAGGUACCUUCACCAUAGGGAAGUGAGUGCCCAGGAGGCAGUGUAUCGAGUGUGCAGCCUCAAGUUAAAGGAUUGUUCGAGAGACGUCAUAUUCAUACCAACAGAUGAGCAAGCUAAUCGCCUGUCGAAACCAUUGGCGGCCAUUCAACAGAUGGCAAGUGAGGGCAACUCUGAGGACGAAAGCAUCUGGAUGCCAAGCAUCAUGGAUCGAUACGAGGCAAGACCACAGGAAGAACCCUUCUGUUCAAUGUGUGCUGCAGAGUUCGUCUCCGAGUAUCGUGUCGUUUCUCGUUCGGGCACACAAGAUAACGGUGAGCAGUCAUCUAGAGGAGAAGUGAAGCAUGUGCUGAGGGAUAAUUUGGGGGCCGUACAAAAACGUACGAGGUUUAAGCCAGCAGUCAUCCGCUUUGCAAAGUUUAAUAAAGCAAAAGAGCCAGAGCGAUACUACUUAACAUUGCUGAAGUUGUACUUGCCACACUACAAUGAUGCGCAGUUGAAACCACCACAAUAUGAAAAGUAUGAAGAAUUCUACUCUGAUGGGUUUGCUCCUUUGUCGAAUACGAAUAAUAAGGUUGAUGCCAUUGUGCAUGCGAAUAGGCGUAAGUUUGAACAGAAUGUGGAGGAAAUCGAGCAGGCUCGUAAAGACGUAGAAGACGGUAGUUUUGUAGAAGACGUCUGGGCCCAGAUCUUCCCAGAACUGGAGCAAGAGAGACUCGAGUGUCAAAAUAACGCAGGAAAUCAAGUGAACGAGGAUGAAGACACACAGGAUGACAUUCCUGAUCUAGCACCAACUGACAGACCUAAAGAAAAAAGCUUCACCCUAGAAGCCUGUCAGACAAAGGUCCCAUCAAAUGUUGCAAUCCCCAUGAUGCAGUCACUUAAUCCAAAACAGCAGGAGGUUUUCUAUUUUGUGCGAAAGUGGUGCAUGGAGACUGCGCAGGGAAAGAGACCAGAUCCAUUUCAUAUUUUCCUAACGGGUGGUGCGGGGACUGGAAAGAGUCAUCUUAUCAAAUGCAUAUGUUACGAGGCUACCAGGUUACUACAGCAGACACAGGAAAACCCUGACAGUGUCUCUGUUCUGCUUGCAGCACCCACAGGAACUGCUGCGUUCAACAUUAGUGGAAGCACUAUCCACCAUGCGUUCCAUCUGAUGUGUAAGACAAAGGACUGUCAGAACCUUUCCGAGAGUACCGUUAAUGCUAUGCGAGCGCAAUAUGAAAGCCUCAAAAUUGUGAUUGUAGACGAGGUGUCGAUGGUCGAUAAAACACUCAUGAAGUUUAUUCACCUUAGGUUGCGUCAAUUGAGACAGGGGAGGCCAAAUGCACUGUUUGGAAAUGUAAGCAUCUUGGCAGUAGGUGACAUGUAUCAGGUUCCUCCAGUCAAGGGAAUAAGUCUCUACAAGGAAAGAGACAGAGAUAUUUCCGACUUGUGGAAUCCCAACUUUGAAGUAGUUGAACUUGAGGAAAUCAUGAGGCAGAAGGAUGAUGCUGCAUUUGCAAAGCUGUUGAAUUGAAUGAGGGUAAAGAGAAAGAAAGACAAACUUUCAGAUGAAGAUGACGAAAUUCUG